AUGAAGAUCAUGACGACUGGUGGAGUUAGCGGCGAGGGAGAGGGAGGAAGGGAUGGAGAGAGAGGAGGAGGGCACAGGAAGAUGGCGAAUGCUCUCUCUCACAUCUUGUCUUCUACUGAGGCCGGGAGACUAUUCAAUGCAGUCAGCCAACACUCCAAACAGCUCCAGACACAAGUAAAGGUAGCCGGCCCCGGCACCUCUCAGAAGAAAAAGGCCAAAGUUCUGUCAACCAUUGACAAGGGCAGUUUCCUAGACAUGCUGAAAGGAAGAAAGUCUGAGGAGAUGAAGUGGCCAGUUCUGAAGGAAGACUUCAUGAUGAAGGCAAAGAUGAGGGACUGGGGGAAAGAAGAGGAGGUGGAGGGAGAGGGAGAGAAGGACAGCAGCUCUGAAUCUGAAACUGACUAG